UUCGCGGUGUUGGCAGAUGUUGCGGCUGAAGGGUGUUGAGCUUGUUAUUUGCGUUCUUGAGAAGGCUCAAGGAUCAACAGCAUAUAAGCGAAUUUAGAAGAGUAAAGGCUUUGAGUGAACCCUUCCUGUCAGUUAGGUGGUCCAGACAGCAGGAUGGGAUGAAGGCAGGACUAAGCCUGGCUGGGCUACAGAAAUGGGCGGAGCCUCCAAGGAGUCUCUUGGCAACCGGAACUUGCCGCCAAAUCGCCAAAGCUUGAGCUUGGAGCGCGUUGCCCUCUGGGAAUUGUAGUGUCAUUGGUAGUGCUCUUAGGAGCUUCGACACUGUAAGCCCGGACACUGUGGACUACAACUUCCGACGUCCACCACGAGGGUCCGUGGGUGGGAAGAGGCUGGAGAGCUCAGUACGGGAUUCUGUGCUCCCCAGUGACAGCAGCAGCAGGAAGUCGGUGGGCCCCUUCCGGGGGCUGAGGCCUCUUGCACUCCGAGGGGAGAACACUGGACACUUCCCCACGCAACUCCCAUCUCUGGGCCCCGAGUGUGUUCAUGGCGAAGUCCCCGGAGAACUCUGCCCUGGAGGAGAUUCUGGGGCAGUAUCAACGGAGUCUCCGGGAACGUGCCAGUAGAAGCAUUCACCAAUUGAAAUGUGCCCUGAGAGAAGGUGAUGUCACUAUUGGAGAAGAUGUAAUGGAUCCUUCUUUUAGUACCAGUGUAGGAAAUGAGGAUGCUGGGAAUGCCUGGCGUGAACUGCAACACAGCCAUGCUGUUAAUCAACUCAAAGCUUUGCUAUGCCAACAAGCAACUAAGGAAAGUGAGGUAUCUCCAAGAAGACGAAAAUUGUCCCCUUUGAAAUCAUCAGAAUAUGAGGAAACUGAUAUGCCUGCUCUACACAAUUUUGUUCCCAUCAUCAGUGACCAGUCUCAAUACAUUCAUCAUUUAGAGGCAGAAGUCAAGUUCUGUAAGGAGGAACUCUCUGGAAUGAAAAAUAGGGUACAAGUAAUUGUGCUUGAAAAUGAAAGGCUCCAACAAGAGCUGAAAUCUCAAAGGCAAGAGGAAGCAAUGAGGGAACAAACACUUCUGGAUGCAUCUGGAAACAUACAGAAUUCUUGGAUUACAACAGGUGAAGAUUCUAGGGUGGAUGAAGCUGCCAAGAGAUCAUUUUCCCAUGGGAAUGCAGAUAUUAACAAAGCUGCAUCUGCUAGUGAGGCUGAAAAAUGGAAACUAGAACUGGAGAGACUAAAACUUACUUAUGAGGAAAAGAGUAAAAUCCUGGAAUCUCAAUUGAUGUUUUUGAGGAAAGACCUAGUUGAAUAUCAGAAAAAUUGUGAAGAUCUUAAAGAGCGACUAAAGCAUAAAGAGUCUCUUCUUGCUGCUAAUAUUUCUAACCGUGUUGGUGGUCUUUGUUUGAAAUGUGCUCAGCAUGAAGCUGUGCUUUCCCAAACCCAUAAUAAUGUUCACAUGCAGACCAUUGAAAGACUGUCUAAAGAAAGAGAUGACUUAAUGUCUGCACUAGUUUCCGUGAGGAGCAGCUUGACAGAGGUGCAGCAAAGAGAAGUAAGUGCUUAUGAGCAGGUGAAACAAGCUGUGCAAAUGACUGAGGAGGCCAACUUUGAGAAAACCAAGGCUUUAAUCCAGUGCGAACAGUUGAAGAAUGAACUGGAGAGGCAGACAGAGCGACUUGAGAAAGAACUCACAUCUCAGCGAGAAAAAAGAGCCUUUGAGAAAGAGAUGAUGAAAAGAGAAAUAACAAAAGAAAGAGAGGACAUGGGCUCAAAGACGUUGACCCUAUCUCAGAGUAUUGCCCAACUGGAGGCUCAGGUGGAAAAGAUUACAAGAGAGAAAAUUUCAGCUGUUAAUCAACUAGAGGAAAUUCAAAACCAGCUUUCUUCCCGGGAAAUGGAUGUCACAAAGGUGUGUGGAGAAAUGCGCUAUCAAUUGAAUAAAACCAAAAUGGAGAAGGAUGAGGCAGAAAAGGAGCACAGAGAGUACAGAACAAAAACUAAAAGGGAUCUUGAAAUUAAAGAUCAGGAAAUAGAGAAAUUGAGUUUAGAACUGAGUGAAAGCAAGCAGCACUUGGAACAGGAGCAGCAGAAGGCAACCCGGGCCAGAGAGGAGUGCCUGAAACUGACAGAACUGCUGGGCAAAUCUGAGCACCAACUGCACCUCACCAGGCUGGAAAAAGAUAGCAUUCAGCAGAGCUUUAGCAACGAUGCAAAGGCCCAAGCCCUUCAGGCCCAGCAAAGAGAGCAGGAGCUGACACAGAAGAUACAGCAAAUGGAGGCCCAGCAUGACAAAACUGAAAAUGAACAGUAUUCAUUGCUGACCUCCCAGAAUUCAUUUCUGACAAAGUUAAAGGAAGAGUGCUGCACAUUAGCCAAGAAACUGGAACAAAUCUCUCAGAAAAGCAGAUCUGAAAUAGCUCAGCUCAGUCAAGAAAAAAGGUAUACAUGUGACAAACUGGAAAAGUUACAGAGAAGAAAUGAUGAAUUGGAGGAACAGUGUGUCCAGCAUGGGAGACUACAUGAGAUAAUGAAGCAAAGCCUGUCUUACUGGGGGCCAGAUUCCAAGGAGGCAGCCCGUGUGCUCACAGGCCAGGAGAGCCAGGAUUUCAACAGUGUCAACAAUCUUUGCUCAUCACACCAAAAAAGCAGCGUGUCGGUGCCGAUGCAUUAGCAUACAGCCGCGUGUGCUUGCUAACAAAGCAGGCUCUGGGUAUCUGCUAGUUUCUCAGCUUGUCUGUCUUCCUCGAAAAGAAGAGGAGAAAUCGCUUCAGGCAAGGGUGCUGUCCCUCUCCUUCGGCAAGAAAGCAUUUCAAGGAUUCCCAGAGGGAGAGCUUUGAACCGGUUUUCCUUUGGAGAAAGGAGAUCAUCCAUCCUUUGUUUUUCUAAUCUUGAUUUAAAUCGUUGACAAGCAAAUAAAUCUGCCAUGUUGUCUAGUAAAAAAAUGAUCCAGCCCUGAAUAAUUCCAGUCAUCCCCGUAAUAGUUUUAUUUAGUUAGAAUCUGUAAAAAGAAAUAACAAUAUAGGCAGAGGUACACACGCAUGCCCUCCUCUUGGUCUGUCUCUCUAUCCUUCUUUUGUUGGGGGGAUGGAGGGAAGAAGAAACGCACAAGCAGAUGUGCUGCUAGAUCUACAGGCUUCUGCCAACCAUAUGGCAUCUUAAAGAAAGAUGGUUAGAGCGUCUGGAUUAGCAAAGAGUCGGGAUGGGAAGCCAUGUGUCGUGUUGGUACAGGCAGUUGUUUGAGCUCUCUCUAAAUGGCUUCAGGAGAUUGUGUAAUGGAACAAAUGGUCCUGCGAGCCCAGGAACAGCCUUGCCGCUGCUGGAGAGGCAAUUGGCCCUCGGGCGUGUACUGCUUCCCUAUUUUUCCCCCAGUAUUGUGUGUUCUUCUUUUAAUGUUCUCUAAACUCUGAGAACUGACUCAGAACUUUUCAACUUAUAAUUACACUCGUGAGUUCUCCCUGCCUCUGUGUCCACUUGAACUCUCCUCUCAUUGUCUGAUCUGGUGAUUAACGAUGCUCCGGUCCUGCUCAGCACAGUGUCCCCUCCUGCCACCCUCCGCAGGGGUCCAGGCUCUGCACACCAGCCUCCAGCGCUGCCUGACAAAGGGUUUUCUGGGGAGGUUGCCCAGCUACUGUGGGGAGGGGCGGGCGGAAUGUCCUCUACCAUCAGAAUUUACAGAAACCCCAAAAGAUGGAAAAUCUUUCAUUUCUUGGUCAGUCAGCUGGGAGUUUUAUGUGGUCCCAGGUGUUGAGCACACAAGAGAUGUGUCCCUUCACUAUUUUGGACCUCCUGUGAGACAUGAAAAAAAUUUGUACUAAUUCCAUACUGGUGAACUCUCUGGAAUCCGAGGUCACGCAUGCCAUUUAUCCAGCAAUUUGAGACCUUUAGGAUUCUGUUCUCUAAUACAAACAUAAAUAAAAGUUUAAGAAUUGAGACACUGAUGAUGGCAGCACAUUGGCAGGAUUUCAGCUGUGGUCAAGUCCUCUGGCCAUUCUUGUUCUGGGAGGCUGAGGCAGAAAAAGCCACAAGACCUCCUAGUGAGAGCAGGUCUUUCGAGUUUGUUCUCUUAACCAAGCUUUUUGGACAUUUCAGCUACGUUUUCGGGCAAACAGAUCUUAUUUUAUUCUAAUUUCAGGGCCAUUGCACGUGUAAUGCUGUAUCUUUAGCUGCUAGAAAAGUUAGGCCCACCUCCUCAGUUGGAUAGAUAACUAACUCUGAGGCUCUAGGUGUAUCAUAAACCGUGGUUAAUGGACAGUGAAAUGAAUAGUUGAGCCAGUCAAAGAACUGACCAAAUCAUCAAACCAGUUUGAUUGAAGUAGUCAGGUCAGUGGGGGUCGUUGGUCAGCGCCUGGUUUGUGCUGUGUGAGUGGCCACCUCCCUUCUCAGAGGCAGUGAGCCCAGCUACCCAGGUCCCAGACAAUGGGAUCAAGUAAGAAAUGCAACAUCCAGGUUAAAAAUGAGUUGGCUGUGGUAAGCUGUAGCAAGUGGGAGGCUACCCUGUCUACUAUAACUUCUAUCAAAGGUACUCUGAGCAAGGAAAAUACAUUUUAAUUUAUUUUGCUUUGUGAUGAUGCAGUCUUCCCUCCAAAGAGAAAUGAAGCCUAGAGCGUCUAUGCUGCAGAAGGAGAAAAGGACACAGUGUUCUGACAUCUGAAUGUGUCUUCAGACUGUCAUUAUGUUUAUGUACUUGUGGCUGAGGCAAAUGAUUUUUACUGUCUUAAGGUCAUCAGAGAAUAAUUUGAAGAUUGGUACCGACUUUUUUCUAAAUAACUAUUUUCUACAAGGAUAAUAAUGUUACCCAGAAAUUUCAGAUAAAGUGCUCUUUCAUUUUUUGUGAAUUCUUUGUAUUUAUAUUGAAAAAUUAUUCCUAUCUCAUACACAUAGGUUAAAAACACGUUCCUUUCUUUCUUUUUUCUUUCUUUCUUUCUUUCUUUCUUUCUUUCUUUCUUUCUUUCUUUCUUUCUUUCUUUUUCAGAGCUCAUUUCAUACUGAACAUGCUAAGUGUUAGGCUAUUCUUACUUUGUCGUCUGAAUUUAGGAUCAAGGGCAGGGGGAUUGUCUGUGGAAAGCAUAAUUUUGAUUAUCUACCAGUUGGAAGAAAUUACCACUUCAAUCCCUUUUACCAUCCAAGUGUACAUGGUCCCAAAUUUGUCAGCAUUAGAAUUUCUUGAAACAAUGCAAUUAAACUGCAACAUAUUUCCUAACAUUCUUAAUUAAGACAGUAACUGAAAAAUGUAGAUUAACAGAAGUUACUGUUUUUAUCAACAUAUUUUCUUUCUUUCCCUCCACCAUCACAUCCCCCCUCCCCCCACUCUUUUUUUGCUUUAAAUGUCUGAUGUCAGUUUUGUCCACAUGUACAUUAUGCACAUGGCACCAAAGAAACAAAGUGAAAAAUUCUCUUUUAAUUCUGAGCUGCUCGCCCAGCGCCACAUGCACUGUCUGUUACAUGUCGCUUCAUAUGAGGUUCAUGCUGGGAGUUUCUUUUUAAAGGCAAAGUGUUUCUGAAGGAAAGAGUUCAGGUUGGGCAGAUUGUGUUAGAAAAAUCUCACUGUCUCCGAGUGGAAUUAAUAUACUGAUUAUUCUGCGCAAGCUGAAACUGGCAGCAUGUGCAAAGUUCAAGAGUGUCUGGGAAUUGAAAUAUGGAGGAGAAUUCCGGAGAGUGAGCAGAGACAAAGAAUUGGAAGUAGGGUUUAGAAGUGUAACUAAUGGUAACUUUGUAAGAAGGGAGAGGGAAUUCAAGCAUGAACAACUGUGUCAUAAAGCAGUACUCAAGAUAUUUUUAUGGAAUCAGGAAGUCUGUUUUCUAUGGCACAUUUUAGGAUUGAUCAUAAAAGUCAGUUUAGUUGUUGGACGAGAUUGGAGGGGGAAAAUAAAGACAUGUCAUACCCAGCACCCUUUUAAUUUUCAUUUCUUUGAGUUCUUAAGAUAUUCGCCAGUUUCAAUUAAGUCACGUGAGAAGCUUAAUCACUAACAUAGAUAUUAAAACGGGUUGCAAUAUUUCUUCAGCCUCUCUGUUAGCAAGAUUUUUUUCCUGCUUAAUUAAAAUUGGAGUCCUCCAUGAUCAACAAACAAUGCUUAAUUUUUUGUUGUUGUUCACAAAUAAGGAAUUAAAAGGUAAGAAAAGCAAACACAAUCACGCAGCACUUUCCCAUCACAAGGAAACCAAACUUUUUUCACACUGCUUCUCAGGGGAAAGAAAUUGGGACGUGAGCUUGGAGUUAAUGAAGCUUUCAUCCAUCUCCUUCCUUCAACUGCCAUCUCAGCUUAAUCCUCUCCUUCUGCCGCAGUCCAGAGGCCCUGCGAGCCCCCGCGGAGCCUCCGGAGCCAGAUGCCGGGCACC